UAUCCUUUGUCGUUUUGGCGAGGCAGAACAGAAGGAGCGCCGCAACAGCAGCCGCAACCGGAGAGGACGAGGAGGGAUCCGAUGGCCGAGACCGACACCGACGUGAUCGAGGUGACCUUCGGGGACGACGUGAUCGCCACCACCGUCACGUCCUCCGGCGAGGCCGUGGAGGCCUGGCUCGCCGAGACCCGCGCCGCCGCCGCGCCCGGCAGCCCCAUCGUCGGGCUCGACGUCGAGUGGCGCCCCAGCAGGCGCGCCGACCAGAACCCCGUGGCCACGCUGCAGCUCUGCGUCAGCCGCCGCUGCCUCAUCUUCCAGCUCCUCCACGCGGACCGCGUCCCCCGCGCGCUGGUGGAGUUCCUCGGCGACCGCGGCGUCCGCUUCGUCGGCGUCGGCGUGGCGGCGGACGCCGAGCGGCUCAGCGACGACCACGAGCUGGUGGUGGCCAACGCGGUGGACCUGCGGGGCCUCGCGGCGGAAGGGAUGGGCCGCCCGGACCUCCGCCAGGCGGGGCUGCGCGCCGUCGUGGCCGCCGUCAUGGGCGUCGACCUCGUGAAGCCGCAGAGGGUCACCAUGAGCCGCUGGGACGCGUCCUGCCUCAGCUACCAGCAGAUCAGGUACGCCUGCAUCGACGCCUUCGUCUCCUUCGAGGUCGGCCGCAAGCUGCUGGCCGGCGAGGCCGAGGCGACGACGGCCGAUCCAGCGACUCCAGCCGGCGAGGCGGCGGCUGAUCGAGCGGUUGCCGCCGUCGCUGGUGCGGUGGCAGCCGUGCGUCUGCAGUAACCCUGCAUUGCUUAAUUCUAGCCUGCCUCCACAAAAUUUGACCCGGUUCGUCUAGAUUGGGUUCCUGAUUUGUCUAUUUCUCGAAUUCACCUUUAGAAUUCAAGCCAAGGUCCUUCUUCUAGGUGUUUCUGACUUUCUAUGACUGAACAAUCGAUCAGGCAGUCGUGGAGAUUGGGACUGGCAGUGGGUUUAACUACUGUGAUCGAUGUAGUCGUUGUUGGAUUGGAUGUUGCCUGAGCAGGCAGAAGAUUGUGGUGAUUAAUCAUUUGCUAUUAUCAUUAUCAUUGGGCAUGCGUAUUAUUCAGGUCU